AUGCGCAGAGAGAUCGCGUUCCUCGCUCAACCCCGUUUCCUCCUCCUCUUCCUAGUUCUCUCAGUUUUCCUCAUUUUCGCAUUCUCUGCUUCUAAAUGGGUUGGUGAGGAAACAGAAGAGGAGCCAGAAAUUACGCAUAGGGUUUACUUGGAUAUUGACAUUGAUAAACAGCGUUUAGGUAGGAUCGUGAUCGGAUUAUAUGGCCAAGUGGUACCAAAAACUGUGGAAAAUUUUAGAGCCUUGUGCACAGGGGAGAAAGGCAAGAGUGCAAGUGGUGUAAAACUUCAUUACAAAGGAACACCAUUUCAUCGAAUAGUAUCUGGUUUCGUGAUUCAAGGUGGGGAUAUUGUUAAUCACGACGGAAAAUCAUCCGAAUCUAUUUAUGGUGGCACUUUUCCGGAUGAGAAUUUCAGAAUCAAACAUUCUCAUGCUGGCGUCGUCUCUAUGGCUAAUACCGGACCUGAUUCCAACGGUUCACAGUUUUUCUUUACCUCAGUGAAGGCCAGUUGGUUGGAUGGAGACCAUGUUGUUUUUGGCAAGGUUGUUCGAGGCAUGGAUACCGUGUUUGCAAUUGAAGGUGGAGCUGGAACCUAUAAUGGAAAACCCAGAAAGAAGGUAGUGAUUGCGGAUUCCGGAGAGAUACCAAAAAGCAAGUGGGACGAGGAAACUUGA